UUCCACGAUCCACCCCUUGCCUUGCCCACUUGCUGAUAUAAAAAAUUAGAACACAUCUCUGAAGUGAGCAGCUGGGUGGUUUCCUGGAGGAGCACUUGCGAUAUUCAAACAAUGAAACAAGCCAACAAUAAAGCUGAACACAUAAUUACAGUCCUGCUGUCAAAUUCUGAGCUUACAAAGGAAGACUUGCCUACGACUUUUACUAUUUAUCAUAAAGAUCGCUAUCAUCUGUUUCAGGAAGGAAGACCGCGCAUUUUGGGGGUUAUUCACAUUACUUUUGGAUUUCUAAGUUUAACUUUCCUAUAUUUUUGUAUUUCUCAUGAUAUGAUUUUCAUCUUCUUCAUUCCUUCUUAUGUUCUGAGCAUUUUAAGCGGAAUACUGGGAGUUUGUUCCUCUUUUUUUCGAAAAACCUGCAUUGUCAAGUGGUUCUUAGCUAUCAGUGUGAUUUGUUCAGUUUUUAUCUUCUUACUAUUUGCAGUUUCAAUAUUGCUUAUGGUUGACAUAAAGGAAACAUAUUCCACAUAUGAAAUUAAGAUGCAGUUAGAGAUCAUCGCUGUACUUGGUGUUUUCAACAUUCUGGAAUUCAUCAAUUGCAUCGUAUCGUGUUGUUUUGCAAGCAAGGGAGUCUGCAGGGACGACUUUAAUUCCCAGCCUGUGGUCUAUCUGGAAUAUCAGUCACAGUCAGCAAGUAGACAAAAUCAAGAGCACAUAGAAACAUCUCUCUAAAGUGGGUCCAGUAAAUAAGAAGACGCCUUUGUGUCCAUUAUAAAUUGGAAAUUCCUGCUGAAGAGUGGCUUGCAAAACAAUAUGAAGGCAUCCUUUACAGUGCACUGGCUUCCUCACGGAAUGAGCCUGACAGCCAAUCUUGGUCUGUGCUGGUACUUAUUUGUCUGAUUUUUCUCUACAUGUCUCUGUGAUAUUCAAACCCUUAACAUUUGAAUGUAAAGUUACGUUUAGAUUAAGAUGAUUGGGGACUUGUGGAAUUAUUCAGCUACCACCCAGGAUAUCAGAUAGCAUUACAAAGAGAGACACACAACAAAGUCCUCAACAUAAGUAGACCAAGCAUGCAAGAUCAGACUUCUGCUGAAUUUCAUUUUAGCAGUGAAGACAAAGCAACCCUAAACAAUUAUGGAUUCAUGGUUGAUUUAUUUGCUUUUUCAAAUUCUUUGGUCAUUGCAUUUUCCCUAAAAUUGAAUUCAAAAGUAUAUAAUGAUGAUUUGGUCAUAUAUAUAUAUAUA